ACCACCGAACAACAGUAUUAAGCUUAACUGUCGCCAUAAACCUCUCUGGCUCUUUCCUCAUCCUCCUCCAAAAGCCCUUGCGGCCUACGCACAAUAACUCAAGACAGCAACCUCAAAUUUAUGUUUUUCCUUACAAAACAGAGACAUUCGAGAAAAUCUUAGAAAACAAAGAUCGAAUCUUUUUUCCUUGCCAAAAUGGAAGGAAGAGAAAGCAGCAGCUCACUUGUACCAGAAUCAGUGAUGGACUCAGCUAAAACAACCUUAGCUACUCUCGAACAAGUGGAGACCCACUUACUUCAUUUUCUUUCUUUCUCAGACCCUGAAGUUCUCGCUGAGAUGCCCCCUCUCCGACGCGCUCAGUCUCUCCUUUUGCUUUCCAAGGCCGUCACUAUCCUUUUCGCAUUGAGAUUGAGAUGCAGUGGAAUUGACCUAGAUGAGCAUCCAAUCAGGACCGAGCUUGAGAGGUUGAGCUUGUACCAAGACAAACUAGAGCGGUCGAUGGAUUUGAGCAAAGCACCUUUGCGACCUUCUACUACCUUAAAUUACCAGGCUGCGACCCGUUUCAUUGAGCAUUCUUUGCCUGACCUUAAACCUGAACAGAAGAAAAGUAUGAGGGAUAUCAGUAAAGGACAAGGACCCAGGAUGAAGUAUUCAGAGAGAUCGAUUCACAAGAAGAGAAAGUAUCAAUCAUCUGAAAAACGUUCAGUUCAAGCUGCUGCUUCAGAAUUUCUCGAAAAAGCUGCCCGUGAGCUUCUUGGUGAUAACACAAGUGGUUUUAAGGGGCCUCUACAAAUUGAUGUGUUAGAUGACGAUGACCUGCAAGUGGACUGAUUUCUUAAUAUUCCCCGGACUGCAGAUGCCAGAUUUGCCGGUGUGUUCUAUCAGCUUGGAUGAUUCCAGCAUUACUGUGGUCUAGUGCUAAGAAAUGCUGUUUCUUGUUUCUGCGAUACCAAGUUGUCACUGGUUUCCGUUAUUGGGUGCAAUAUUUGAGUUUUUGAUAAUGGGUACAGUAGCUUGCUGCUAGACCUUUCAUGGAGAGAGUAGAUGGCAUUCCAAAGCCAUUUGUUUUUGCUUAUCCUCCAUCAUCAUCCAAAUUGUUUAAGACUCUUGUAGGUCUUUCUCAGACUUAGAUGUCUGUGAUUUAAUUCUGUUGUCUGUUGCUAUACAAUACUAUGUUAUUAUAUAGUUAUUAUGAAUAAUUAACAUUUUCUUGGUCCUUUUGUGGAUGACUAUAUGAAGUGAGGGAAAUUGUUGUGUGCUAUUGGAAGUAAACCCAAGUGAUUUUCUUGCUCCAA